CGUUUAUCAUCUCUCUUAUAAUCAAAAUAUUAGCAUCGUCAUUGUUUUCUAAAAUAUCAUAUCCUUUUGUUUAUUAUACUUUUUACGUAGCUUACACGUGUCCUAUGUUGAUCGUUCAUUUAAUCAGCGUUAUGUGUUUGGUUUCACAGUAUUCGCAUGAAGACAUUAACAGGGAAAUGGAAGAAAUAUGCAUAUUGAAGUCGCAGUCUGAACGGGCAUUCCGACUGACAUCCUUGAUGAACGAUCAUUGGUUUCUUGAAGAUUACAUUGAACACAUAUCCAACACGUUCGGAUAUGAAUUAUUUGUCAUCUUGCUGGACAUUUACAUUCAGUUAUUGUUAUGUGUGUAUAUGUGUGUAUGGGAUUAUAUUGUUCGCAGUACGAAUCAAGACGUUUAUUCAGUCGUUAGUUUGUUGUUGCACAUAUGCAUAGUAUCAGGAAAUUUGUUUUAUUUGUGUUAUAGAUGCAAUGCUACAGUCAAAGAGAGUAGACAGGUGAUUUCAAAACUACAUCAUUUAAGAGACGUAUUGAACAAUGAUUCCAUUUGUCAAGCUCUUUUAAAAGUAUUCACACUCCGAGUCAAUUGCCGAGAAGUUCAUCUUACAGUAUUGAAAUUAUUUAAUAUAAAUUUACCACUACUUUUAUGUUCAGCUGGCGUUGUGUUUACAUACUUUUUGGUGCUUAUUCAGUUCCAAAUAGAUGGUUACAAAGAAAUAUUAAAAGAACAGAAUAUUAGUGACGUUACGAAUACGCAGUGUAAAUCAUGGCCUUGUGUCAAAAAAGAAUGAUUCUACAAUAUUAAGGCUUAUUGACUUAUAUUA